AGAAAAAAAGUCAGGCAACAACUAUUCGAAACGAUCUGUAAACUAAUCUUGUCAGACCAGUCACGUCGUGUAUACCCUCGGUUCUCUUCUGUGUCCUCGAAUUUUCAGUGUCUCACCGUUUGACCGUUCCGCUUCCAUUGUUCUCUUACACUUAAAAAUUAAAAAAAAUUCACAGCUGCCUUGAAACAAAAAUUGACGACAAAAAAAGAAAAAGUCGUAAAUAAAAUGUGUACAAUUUUUUUUUUUGCAUAAGAAUUAAUGGCGAAAAAGUGAAAGUGAAUAUUUUUAUAUAUUUACCUGGAUGGUACGAAAUUAUGUCACACACGAAAGUCUCAACCAGACACGUGGUAUUUCAUUGAGAUAAAUAAGGAUAUUAAUAUCAUCCUAAAAAUAUAAGUACGAGCGAAAAUUUUACAAUAUUGAAUGGAUUCGUUGAGAGUUCCAUACACAGGACAAUGUGGACUAAUCAAGAUAUUCAUCGCUCUUAUUAUUCUACCAGCAGUAAUUGCGUCUUACAGUAUUGGUGUUGGAAUUGCUGACACCACAGGGCCAACAGCGGAAGUUGUAUUUAUGGGAUAUGCAUCUAUCAAACAGAAAGGCACGGGCCUUCAUUUGAGAACUUUUUCUCGGGCAUUUAUUAUUGACGAUGGCGAGGAGAGAUUUGUUUUUGUUAGUGUAGAUAGUGCCAUGAUAAGUUAUGGAGUUAAAAAGGAGAUUAUUGAAAGACUGAAAAAGAAAUUCGGUGAUUUGUACACCGAUGAGAAUGUAAUGAUAAGUGGAACACAUACACAUUCAUCGCCAGGUGGAUUUAUGAUGGAUGUACUUUUUGAUCUCACUAUAUUUGGAUUCGUCAAGCAAACGUUUCUUGCACUAGUCAAUGGAAUCACAAAUAGUAUUGAAAGGGCCCAUAAUACAAUAGUGCCUGGAAGAAUUUUAAUAUCACAAGGCGAAAUUUUUGGUGCAAAUAUCAAUAGAAGUCCACAGGCGUAUCUAAAUAAUCCAGCAGCCGAGAGAGAAAAAUAUCAACACGACGUGGAUAAGACAAUGACACAACUUCAUUUUAUUGGUGCUAAUGAUCAACCCCUCGGAGCAAUUAGUUGGUUCGCUGUUCAUCCAACUAGCAUGAAUAAUACUAAUCGUCUUGUGUCAAGUGACAAUGUUGGUUAUGCUUCAAUUCUUCUUGAGCAAACAAUGAAUAAAGGUUAUUUAAUUGGAAAGGGUUCAUUUGUGUCGGCAUUCGCGUCCAGUAAUUUAGGCGAUGUUUCACCAAACACUCGUGGACCAAAGUGUGAAUUUUCCGGAGAUCCAUGCACUGUCCAAUACACGUGUUCGGGCAAAAAAGAAAGAUGCUUUUCCUCUGGUCCUGGUAAGGAUAUGUUCGAAAGCACCAGUAUCAUCGCUCAUAAAUUAUAUGAGAAAUCAUUGGAUUUGUGGAAAAAUGGAAAUAAAACUGAGGUGAAAGGACCAAUUCGUAUUGUCCACCGAUUUGUCGACAUGACAAAGCAGAAGGCCAAUUUUUAUAACGAGACCUCCAACGAGGUCGAAGAGAUUAAAGGCUGUUAUCCGGCAAUGGGCUAUAGUUUUGCUGCUGGUACAACCGACGGUCCAGGAUCUUUUGCCUUUGAACAAGGCACCAUUACGCCAAAUCCAUUUUGGAAUAUGGUUCGAAAUUUUAUAGCCGCUCCAACGGAUGACGAUAUUCGUUGCCAUGGAAUGAAACCUAUUUUAUUGGCCACCGGAAGGAUGAUUUUACCUUAUCAAUGGCAACCAAAAGUUGUAUCUACUCAUUUGGCAAUGAUUGGAAAUAUUGCCAUUGCCGGUGUACCUGGUGAAUUCACGACAAUGUCAGGGAGACGAUUACGUAAUGUUGUCAAAAAGACAAUUGAAGAAAGCGGCGAGGAAGAAAAUCCGAUUGUCGUUAUUGCUGGCCUCUGCAAUACAUACACUGAUUAUAUAACAACACCAGAAGAGUAUCAAAUCCAGAGAUAUGAGGGUGCAUCAACGAUUUUUGGACCACACACAUUAACAAUUUAUUUACAACAAUACAAAGAAUUGACAGAGGCUGCUCUUAGGGGAAGUUCAUUAGAUCCAGGGCCAAUGCCAGAAGACUUGAGAAAAAUUGGUCUAAUAAGUUUAGUGCCACCAGUUUUGUACGAUACUCCUGAAUGGGGUAAAGAAUUUGGCGAUUGUAUUCAACAGCCAUCGAAAUUUGCGAGACCAGGCGAUGUAGUAACCGUUUCAUUCAUUUCUGGUCAUCCUAGGAACAAUCUGAUGACUGAGAAAUCAUUUUUGACCGUUGAAAAAUUAGAAGAUGACGAAAUGUGGAAUCCAGUGUCAACAGACGCUAAUUGGGACACCAAAUUUAUUUGGUCAAGGAAAUCGAUAAUGCUUGGUUCCAGUACGGUAACAAUUAUCUGGACUGUGCCAGAAAAUGUUGAGCCCGGAGAAUAUCGAAUUAGACACAAUGGAUAUUAUCGUUACAUUCUCGGUGGGAUUUAUCCUUAUCAAGGUAUCACGAAUCAUUUUCAGGUAAUCUCGUCGAAUAAUUAUUAAUGAACCAUUAUUGCAAAAAAAAAAAUGAAAGAUACUACAAAUACCUCGAGAUUUGAUGAGAUAUACAAAGGAGAAGUCGAAAAUCCAGUAAAAAAAUAUUGCUCAAUAUUUGUUUUAUAAGAGACAUUAAUUUUUGUAAAAUAAUAAUUGUAAAUUCUAAUAGAAAAAUAGAAAAUCGUUUAUUGACUUUCAUUUGCAACAGUGUAGAAAUGUGUAGAUAUUAAAAAUUAAUGUUUUCUUUUUUUUUAUUUAUUUAUUAAUAAAAUGAAUAUAUAAAAGGA